GUCUUGCACUGCGUCUGUAAGACUCACUCAGAUAAGCGGUCGAUGAAUUGUUUCAAGGCUUAAAUCAACUUAGAAAAUCUAUUUGACCCUGCACACUACAGCUGUUUGGAGGUUAUGCCAAUGGAUCCUGUUAUAGCAGCACGGGAUGCACUGUGCUCCCAUUUCACUGAUGAACGCAUGAAAACUGUACAGCGAAAGGAGGUGUACAGUGAUCAUGGAGGCCGCUGAGAGAAUGAAAACAAAGCAAGACUGCAUCUACUCAUCUGUCAACAGGCUAAAGCGGGGCUCUAGUAAAAAAACUGCCCUCCAGUCUGCUUCAGUGGAAAACAAAGGAGGCGAGCAAAGAAGAGAGGGAACACCAGAACAUCCUUUUACUCCACUGGAAAACCUGAUCAACCAAAAGGAAGAAUCAUCCACGAUGGCCCACAGGAGGCCAACCUUUGACCCUCACAGCAAUGACAGUGCUCUCAUGGUAGGAGCCAAACUACCCAGAUCCAAUGGCUGCAGCAUCAGGGACAAGAUUUCCUUAUGGGAGGGCAAAGAGCCCACUCACUCAUCUCUUACCUCAGAUAGUGUGGGCCAAAGUGGGAGUGUAAAAAGGACAGAAUCCUUAACGAAAAGCAACAAUAAAUGUAUAGAAGACAAGCAAAGUGCAGAAAGUUGCAGGAAAGUCGCCCAUAAGGAAAAACAGGAUCUCGAGAAAGAAAAUGCUGGAAAACUUGGAGAUUCGAGGCCUUGUUCACCAGUUGAAUCUACAAAACAGCAAAGAGGAACAUUCAAUAGCAGUAAGCCUGGUGGCAACCAAAUGGGGGAAGACUGUAGAAGAGCUGUAAUUCACAAAGAAAGGCAAAAACAUGAGAAAGAGGAUGGAGAAAAGCUUGGGGAUUCGAGGCCUUGUUCGCCUACAGCAACAGAAAAGCAGCAGUGGGGAACACAAAAAAAAAGCAACAAUAGGAGAGCAGCAGAACAAACAAGCCACGAGAAGAGAGCCGUAUUCAGUCUUUUUAAAAAGCUGGAGGCUAUGGGGGGGAACCAUGGGAAAACCCCUCCAGAGCUUGGAAACUACUUCAGCCCACCGAGCAAGGACAAGCAGGUGGAUGUAAAGAAAAACGAAGCUGAAGCUUCAGGUCAAAGAAGUGCAGCGGCAAGGUCUUCUGGGGCCAAAGAAGGGAAGGAACAGCAUGAAAAUGUGUACACGGAGCCAGGCUCACCCCCAAUCAACCCAGUCCCUAAACCCAGACGGACCUUCCAGCACCCAGCUACUGCCACCCUGGGAAGGAGGCAAGGGAGAGGGCAGAGGAACCUCCCCCCACUGCCAUCGGUGGCUUCAAAAGCUUCUUUAAAACCUCCUUCUGGGGUCUAUGGAAGACCCAGGGGUGAACGAGUCCGAGACACCUUCAGCAGGAGAUCCUUUGAGUUUGAAGACCUUCCUGGGUCAAACAGCCUGCUCUUCUCUCACUCACUGUCUCAGGAACAUCACUAUGAAGACAUCCUGGACUCGUCCAACGAGAACCCGUAUGAGGACAUAGAGUUAGAGAGCCAGUGCUCCCAGCAGUCUUUACCUUCCUCUCCUGGUGCUGACACUGCUAAGGUGUCCAGACCAGGUUUCUUCAGGCAGAACUCAGGCAGGAGUUUUAAGUUGCUGGACAUGCGGAGAACUAACCAGCAGAUCCACAGCACUGGAGGCAGUGGAGGCGUUUCAUCUCCACCCCAGCUCAGCCCUCCAUCUACCCCCACCGGGCCCGAACACACCGCUUGGCUGCCUGGAGAGUCCUAUAGCCGCACCUGCCGGAGGAUACCAACGGUUGUACUCAGGAUUAACAGCAUAUUUGAAGCUCGGAGCAGGAAAAAACAUCUCCGAAGGAUCUAUCAUUAUGCUGAGACAAGUUCAGGAAGAGUAACAGAUGAGAACAGUGACUCUGAGAGUGAAAUUGAAGAAAGAGCAAAAGCUCACCGUCAGCGUCUCGUGUCGGUCAAGUCCAUACUGAGCCAGCCGAGCCAGGCUCAGGUCCACUACAAUAGUACCAGCACCAGAAAACGCUCUCUGGAACAGGAGCUCCACCAGCGCAAACUUUUUGAGUAUUUCCUGGUUGUGUCGCUGCAGAAGUCAAAGGCUGGAGGUCACUAUCUGCCAGAGGUCACGCAGCAGUUCCCUCCUAAGCUGGAGCGAACCUUCAAGUUCAUGAGGGAGACGGAGGAUCAACUGAGGAUCAUUCCUCAGUUCUGCUUCCCCGAUGCUAAAGACUGGGAGCCGGUGGAGAGAUACCCAAGUGAGAUGUUCUCAUUUGUUUUGACUGGAGAGGACGGGAGCCGAAGAUUUGGAUACUGCCGGCGUUUACUGCCUAGUGGAAAAGGCAAAUGUCUGCCAGAGGUCUAUUGUAUUGUCAGCCACCUUGGCUGCUUCAACUUGUUCUCGAAGGUGCUGGACGAGGUGGAGAGGCGCAGGGCUCUGUCUCCUGCCUUGGUGCAGCCAUUCAUGAGAGCCAUCAUGGAGGCCCAGUUUCCAGCUCCAGGGAGAACCAUCACUAUCAAAACCUUUCUUCCUGGUUCAGGCACUGAGGUGAUGGAGCUCUGUCGACCCUCCGACUCGCGUCUGGAGCACGUGGACUUUGAAUGCCUGUUCUCCUGCUUGAGUCUGCGGCUGCUCCUCCGGGUUUUCGGCUCUCUGCUGCUAGAGAGGCGAGUCAUCUUCACCGCAGACAAGCUCAGUACUCUUUCCCAGUGCUGUCAUGCGGUCGUGGCACUGCUCUACCCCUUCGUAUGGCAGCACACUUACAUCCCUGUGCUGCCCUCAGCUAUGCUCGACAUCGUCUGCACACCGACCCCCUUCAUUGUGGGCCUGCUGUCCAGCUCGCUGCCCCAGCUCACCGAGCUGCCCCUGGAGGAGGUUCUGGUCGUGGAUCUCGGAAACAGUCGGUUUCUCAGACAGUUGGAUGAUGAAGACUCCAUCCUGCCACCGAAGCUCCAAUCAGCCCUGGAGAACGUUCUGGAGAGGCGAAGAGAACUUGCUAAUGAACGAGGAGGAGAUACAAGCAGUGAUUCAGGCCAUCUUAGCACCAUUGUGUCCGAGGCCUUUGUUCGUUUCUUUGUGGAGCUGGUAGGCCACUAUCCUCUCUUCAUCACUGGUGAAAGGGAGGACGGCUACUCCUCUUCAUCCUCCUCCCCUGCCCCAUGCUUCUUUCAGCGAGAGGGUUUUCGCAAAGCCAUCCCGUCCAAAACUGUGCGCCGCUUCUUGGAGAUCUUCAUGGAGACACAGAUGUUUGGCUGGUUCAUCCAGGAGAGGGAGCUUCACAGGCAGGCUCUCCGAGGACUUUUUGAAGUGAGAGUGCAAGAGUAUCUGGAUUCUAUUCAUGAGAAUGAACAUAGGAGGGUUAACAGGUUUCUCAAAGGCUUGGGAAACAAAAUGAAAUUUCUUUCAAAGAAAUAAUGCAAAAAAAAAAAAAAAAAAAAGCACUGAAACCAGGAGAAUCUUGAAGAAUGACUAAUCUCACAACCAAAAUCUAAAUUAUUACUGCCAAAAGAAAAAUGCUGCUGGAUGUCACACAGAUGAAAUAAAACAUGGACUGUAGAAGUUCCUCAUUGACCCUUUUGCAGUAGGAUUCUUCAGAUGUCAUUAUUCAUGUAUGUGUGUCUGCUUAAAAACAAUGUUUGUAUUUGGUGUGUUGCUGUAAGCUAGAUAUGGCUGAGGAGUUAACCUGAAGUACUGGGCCACUAAAUGCUCUGAUUAGUACCAAGCGUGGUAGUCAGGAUUUGAAUACAAGUUAACUCAAAAGAAGGGAUCGCAGUAAUCUUUCAAAUCCACCAGGGGGCAGUAGUAUAUAUAUAUAUAUUUUUUCUGUUCAGACAUAUUUUGAUAGUGACUGACCACAAAUAACACCAAAUAGUCUUCCCGCUCCUAACUAUUUCAGUUUUCUUUUAUUCAUAACAUGACAACAUCACAUGUGCUUUGAAUAAAUAUUCUCU